AUGAGUUGGCAAAUCACUCUCUUCAUAUAUGUGAUGCCUAUAAUCCUGAUGAACUCUGGUAGACUGAAGGGAUGUCCAUCUGAAUGCAUUUGUGAAGACAGUGAUGGAGAGUUGCAUGUCGAUUGCAGUCACGGUGGUUUGUCUGAAAUUCCUUCAAAUAUUCCAUCCAAUACUACGAAAUUAGUGUUGGAUAGUAACGAAUUAACAUCGUUACCGGAAACUGUUUUUAAAGAGUUACCAAACCUAAAACAACUUAAUAUAUCCCACAACUCAUUGACAUCUUUACCAGAUGGAAUAUUUCACAACUUGACUGAUUUAACAACACUUGACUUGUCCUACAACAAUCUACAAUCAUUGAAUUCGUCAUUAUUUGAUGGGUUAUACAAUCUACAUGUGUUACGCCUCUACGACAAUGACAUAACAUUCUUACCAUCAACGACAUUCCAUUCAUUGACAAAACUAUCAUUCCUGAAUGUUCGUGACCAUCAUAACAAAAUGAGUUGGCAAAUCACUCUCUUCAUAUAUGUGGUGCCUAUAUUGCUGAUGAACUCUGGUACACUGAAAGGAUGCCCAUUUGAAUGCAGUUGUGAAGACAAUGAUGGAGAGCUGCAUGUCGAUUGCAGUCAUGGGGGUCUGUCUGAAAUUCCUUCAAAUAUUUCAUCUGAUACUACGAGAUUAGUGUUGGAAUAUAAUGAUUUGAUAACAAUUCCGGAACAUGCUUUUAUCGAUUUGCAUGGGCUGGUUUACAUAAACCUCGGAUGGAACGGAAUUACUGAGAUUUCUGCAAAAGCUUUUGUUGAUGUAUCUAACUUAACAGAACUUAAGUUACACAGAAAUGGAUUAACAUCGUUACCGGAAACAGUUUUCGACGAGUUACCAAACCUAAAGAAACUCGAUAUAUCCUACAACUCAUUGACAUUUUUACCAAGUGAAAUAUUUCACAACUUGACUGAUUUAACAGAACUGGACUUGUCCUAUAAUAAUCUUCAAUCACUGAAUUCGACAUUAUUUGAUGGAUUGAAUAAUCUACUUGAGCUACGCCUCUACGGCAAUGAUUUAACAUUCUUACCAACUUCCAUCAAGGUAACUUAUUUGAACUUUGGAUAUAACGAAUUCUCACAGUUUCCUGACACUAUUCAGAGAUUAUCGAAUCUCCGUUAUCUAUACCUUUAUGGCAACGAAAUAAAGCAUUUACCAAAUUUUCACAAUUUUACAAAACUACAAAUGUUAAAGCUCUCAGACAAUCCCUGGUCAUGUGACUGUCACAUGGAGGCUUUCAAGAGAUGGAUACACAAUAACACACAAGUAGAUACCCAACUAAUCUGUCAAUUUCCAAUCGAGUAUACCGGAACAGACAUUGUCAAUUUAGCAGUAUCAGAUCUUCAGUGUGUUCCACCGAAAUUUAACAACUCAUUUGAAUAUGUGUAUGUUGAGGUAAACGAACCAGUAACACUGACUGUUGAUGUUAAUGGUGUCCCACUGCCACAUAUCCAGUGGAUACCUCCUAAUGGCAUUGUAAUUGGUACUGCGGUUGAUUCUGUAGUACGUCUUGAACCAGACGGCAGUAUCUUCAUCACAUCUGUCCAGAAAGACUUAGUUGGGCCGUAUGUGUGCAUUGCGAACAACGAUAAGGGCCACGAUGGAGCAGUACGAUAUCUACAAAUACGUUCUCUGCCACUAGCCACGACCACUUAUUCAACAACCUUGACAACCACUAGCUACAUGACUGAGGCGACCAAUAAAAGCGCCUCCAGUGGUGUAAUAAGCACAACAGAUACCACAUUGCCUCAUAGUAUUGGUCAGACAACUGAUAAAACUACAUUAUUCCACUAUACAAACGUUAGCUCUAGUCAAAAACGUGAUCACCUCUGCUCAUACUUCGAUCGCAACUCAA